GACUACGAGCCUGAAAAUCAGGAGAACACUCGCAGAUCUAAACGGUUACCAGCUGCUGCCCUCGGCCGCCGUCUAGCAGCUUUGUCCUAUCUGAACCGCGCCCUCAAUGUCUGUUCUCAAGGGGUCAGUCGGGCGCUCAAAGAAGGGACCGUUUCGAGACUGCUGGAAAGACUGGAGGCGCUCAUAGAGUCGAUCACGGUUACGAUGAUAUCCAUGUUGAAAGCCGGGGACCCGGACGUGAAGGUUCUAGCCGAGGCCUCGGGAACGUUGCUUGGGAUGUUGACGCUUGACCGGCGACUCGAGUCUGCCCUUCGCUCAUCAUCGUCAACGAUGGCGCUCACCUUGUUCAUCUGGUCGCCCCACCAAACGAGAGACGGGCGUAUCCUCGUCGACAUCAAUUAUAUCGCUAUCCUCAAAUGGAUGUCCACCUUGCUCGAGGGGCCUCAGACCUUUUACGACACCCUGUUCUCCUCGAGGAACAACGUGAGGGGGUUCUGCCUCACCCUCCUCGCGCGUGUGGUAGAGCUUGGGUCUCUCUGCCAGAACACGAUGUUCUCUAACGAAAUGAUCGUCGAGUACACGCGGACGUUGAUGAAGAUCACCGAGCAGGUCCGCAAGAGCCCGACCAUCCUCGCACGACUGAAGAAGGAAGGGUAUCUUUAUCGAUGGACCAAAACGAUCCUCGCACUACACCCACGAUUUGGGGACCACGAGAUGAUGCUACCCCUCACCCGAUCACAACUGAACAACAUCUGCGCUCCAUACAGUCCUCCCUUGAAGAACCUAACUGAGGCCCUCGAAAGCGGACUCAUGCCCGUCAUCGUUGACCUGCUACGCAAAACACCAAAACCCCCACGCGGAGAUACGGCCAAAAAAGAUGGUUUAAACUUGUUCAAUCUCUUUUGUCCUUAUGUGUGGUAUCCGGAAGGACUUCGAGCUCUCUUCACCGCGAUUAGGAAGAUGCCGCGGGAAGUCGAGGAAGAUAUCGUGAGCAAGCGCCAUAUCGAUCCGGAUUGGGGGGCGUGGAUUGCGCUGAUGUAUGAAGGAGAAAAGGCGUUGGAGAACCUCGGUAGUGUCAGGUGUGCCGCUCUUUGCGACAACUGGGGGCAUCGAGAACAUUUCCCGGAUGACGAGGUCUUCGAGAUGGAGAGGAUUAAAUAUUGCUCUGGGUGCCACAUGAUGUGCUACUGCAGUCCAACCUGUCAAAGGGAGGAUUGGAAACGGCGGCAUCGAAGGGAAUGCACCCAGAUGCGUCUCAGCUACCUUGACAGACGAAAGCGGAAAUUAAACUACACACCCGCCAUGCGCCAGUACCAAAUCGCCCUCCUCCAACAACUCUACGACGAGAAACAAAUCUCCAAAACCCUACGGCGCAACCCAAACGUCCACCCCCGCGACAUGUUCACAUGGCGUAACUGCACCGGAGGCCAGAACGGUGCUGGCUUCUACGUCCAUAAAACGUUCGAUUUGCACCACUUUACACACGAGAGGCACUUUCGCGAUGAUUGUAUACACACGAAGGAGCGUGUGGACGAUCUGUUUGAGGAGUUUGGGGGGAGAGGACGGCGGAGGUGA